ACAGCCAGAAGAGGACUGGCCACCCCUCAGAGCCUGAAUUUACUGAUCCUGGGCAUCCUGCAGUCCUUCACCAUGGCACCUGUCUUUGUGCUGUCCAUUUUCAUCGCUGUUCUCUGCUCAGUUCAGGGCCGAUCUAUAGGGAAAGCUUCAUUUGAAAGGAGUGAAGAGGACAUGGAAUAUGACGGCACCAGCACCAACAGCAUUGAGGAGGAUGAAUAUUCUGCGUCAACGCUCAUUGAGAAGGCCAACAGAAAUCUUGGACAAAGACUUGAUGAGCCACUAGUCAUGUUUGGGGACAUUGCAGUAGAUACUGGGUUCAUGAACGCUGACCCCUGCACAGCUCGCGGAUGCAAGUGGCAGAAGUCCUCUGAUGGGAACGUUUACGUGCCCUUUGUGAUCUCUAAUGAAUACUCGGCCCGGGAGAGGGCCGUAAUUGAAGGCGGGCUGCAAACCUUUGCUGCAUCAACCUGCAUCCGAUUCUUUGCCCGAACCAAUCAGAGGGACUUUGUGGACAUCCAGUCUCAGUCAGGCUGUUUCUCGUUUAUUGGACGCCGGGGCAAUGGCCAGGUGGUGUCUCUGAGUAGGCAAGGAUGUGUCUUUCUGUCUGUGGUGCAGCAUGAACUGCUGCAUGCCUUGGGCUUCAACCAUGAGCAAACACGCAGUGACCGGGAUAGCAAUGUUCAAAUCCUGAUUCAGAACGUUAUUCCUGGAAUGGAAUUCAAUUUCAGAAAGAUCAACACGAUUAACUUGGGGACUCCUUAUGACUAUAAUUCUGUCAUGCACUACUCAAGGUUUGCCUUCUCCAGGAACAGGCAGCCCACCAUUCUUCCAAUCCCUGACAAUAAUGCAGUUAUUGGCAGGGCAACUCAGAUGAGCCCCAAUGAUAUUCUGCGGAUCAAUCGUCUCUACAACUGCACGGGGCAGCAGUUAGACUGAUUUGAGAAGUGCGAUGGUAGAGCGUUUGCUGAGGAUUGGAACUGCAGUUAUAGCUUGCUUUUCAACUUUGAACAUGAACUCAAUAAACAAACUAUUUGUUAUGCUGAAAGAAUGAAUUGAGACGCAGAUAGCCAUUUUUUGAGAAAGUAUAGCUUUACGUUUGUAUAUCAGAUCUGGUAUAGCUUAUCAUAGAUAGAACAUUGGUAUGGCAAAACAAUGUACUGUAGACUACUGAAACAUUAUCACAAUAAACAUAUGUAGUAAUGUG